AUGUUCGUCAAUACGCUGACCUCGGCUCUCUGCUUGGCUUCAUUAGCCACUGCCCAUUUCUCAAUUGAGUACCCUGAACAGCGAGGCGACUCAUUCGCGGAGGGAGCAUCUCAAUAUAUCUAUCCUUGUGCCAACGUCAACCACACAGCCCAGACGAAUCGAACUCUGUGGCCUUUGGACGGUGGUUCAGUUGCCUUAGAUCUACACCACCCGUGGACCUAUGUCUUUAUCAAUCUCGGUCUAGGAACAGACUCUCCUACAUUCAACAUCUCGCUCACCCCGGAACUCCUCAACGUAACUGGAAAUGGUACUUACUGCCUCCCAAAGGUGUCUCUACCAGCUGGUAUCGCUCCAUCCGACGGGCAGAAUGCUAGCAUCAUGGUAGCAACUGGUGGAAAGAAUGGUGUUGCACUGUACAAUUGCGCCGAUAUCACAUUCACCAGCAAUGCUACUAUUCUCGAAGGCGAUGCCUGCCAAAACUCCUCCAAUGUAGUAGGCACUAUUGUUACAAGCUCUGCAUCCACUACAACGAACACCACUACCGCUGAAACCCCUACUUCAUCAUCUGCGGGUGUCUCACACUCCGCUUCAAUGAUGACUACUUGUAUCUUCGCGGGUCUUGGUGUUGUCGUUAUGAGCUGGCUCUUGUAG